GCAUCACAAUUUACAUCGAUUCGGAAAUUAAGAUUUAAAAAUGGUAAAUUCUGAGAAACAAGAAUCAAGAAACAAUCGCCAGAUCGAAGAUGUAAACAGUGUGGAUCAAGGCACCAACGGUGAGGAUUCAUUUAACGGUUCAUCGGACGGUGCUGAGAUUCCUUCCAUUACGCAGAGGUUGAAGGAGAUUAUUGUGGAUGAUGGUGAUUGCGAUCUGCUGCUACAACAGAGCGGUAGGGGGUAUGGAUUUAUGCAGUGGCUUCAGGCUCUGGAUAUGCAGGUUAUGGGGGCCUGUCGCACGGACGAAAGGUUGAAGCCUUUGCUAAAACUCAAUUUAUCCGCUGGCGCGGCUGAGGAUUGUUUGUUGGCUCACCUUAAUCAGCAUUUUGAGCCAUCAGAAGUGGGUAUGCUGGCCAGGUGUUUGUGCAUGCCUCUCGUUUCUAUCCGCGUAGGGAAGAUCACUAAGCAAGGGAGCCUCUUAUGUCCAACAUCCAUAAGGUAGUUGCAAUCUCUACAUCUUUUCUCUCAUAUUACAGUUGCAUGUAGAAAAUAAAUUGACCUCUGUUAUAGUGUCUACAGUCUUGUUGUUAAGUAAUUAUUUUUGUUGAGUGAACUAACUAGGGAAUGUGAUUGUUGAGAGCCAUAUUUUGUUUCGGUAUUUUUAUUUUUUAGGGGUUUGGGUUUAGAAAAGUACAAAUUUGGUCUAAGAUGAAAAAUAAUUUAGCUUAUAUUGAAGCCUGAAAGUGAAUUAUAUGUUGUGGGAUUGAUCCUUGCUGUUAGACUGACACAUCAGAGUUCAACUGUUUUUCAGCUAUCUACCUUUCUUGGAAGAUGGCUUUUUAUCACCAAAAGCCUGUUAGUUCUUCAUUGGUGAUCGAAUUUUUUCUUCUAAU